CAUGCACGACCACUACUGGGUGAAGCAGUGACGUCAUCGCCGGAAACAAUGUGUAGCCCCGCCCAUUCAGCGAGUAAUGGAGCCAGCAUGGAAAAUUACACUGAGGAAAGGAUUACUAUACCGUUUGGUGAGAAGUACCUGGAAGCAAUGCUUUCUCUUCCUAGAGAUUACAGUGGAGUUAGAUAUGGAGUUAUUCUGACGCAUGGCGCUGGAGGGGACAUGAAUUUUUCACAAUUAGUGUCCUUGGCAAAUUACUUGGCCUCCCACGGAUUGCUAUGUCUGAGAUUCACCUGUAAAGGGCUUAACUUAGUCUACAGGACAAAAGCGUACAGUACAGUGCUGACCUACUUAAAGUCUAAGGAAGAAUAUAAGGUUGCUGGUGCCUUUCUUGCAGACUGCUUUUUCGCAGGACGGUCAAUGGGCUCUCGUGCUGCUGCCUUUCUAGUAAAAACAGCUUGUGAACAAGACGACAGCUUUAUCCAAGGUCUGAUCUGUCUAUCAUAUCCCCUGCACCCCCCUAAAGCAAAAAGCAAGCUGCGAGAUGAAGAUUUGUUACUGAUAACAAAACCAGCCUUGUUUAUCUCUGGGUCAGCAGAUGAGAUGUGUGACAAGACCUUGAUGACCAAUGUAAUCCAUAAAAUCAAAGCACCGGUAAAGAUCCAUUGGGUUGAAAAUGCAAAUCAUGGGCUGACCGCCAAGGGGAAAUCAUUGGAAGAUGUAUUGCCGGAAAUAAAUGAACAGACUUUGUUGUGGAUUCAGAAAAUGUUAAAACCGUAACCAUGUGACCACUUUGCUCAUUUCAAGGUUUGGACAUGACAAGAAGGGGGGAGAAGCUGUGAGUGACAUCCAGUGUAAGAACAGUCCACUCCUGUCAUCUCUUCUGUACACCCUACAGUGACCAGAGUGGUGGUGGGGGAUAUAAAGGAGCCUUUGUUAUCACCAACUAUCAACCAGGGAGUAUAUGGUUUUAUUUUGCACAAAACUGGCUAACAAAUAUCCACUAAAUAAUUGUUACUAGAACAUUGUUAGCAGGUAUCUCAGAUAUAUUAUUGAUAUAUUAAGCAUUCAACGUAAAUGAAGUUUGGGGAAUAAUAACUGACUGCUUGGAGAUUACAAAGGGAAAGGCUGUUCUGAAUGUCAUUCUAAAGAGCUUUUCUUGCAGAAACAUUUACGUAACAUCUGUGCUGCAGAAUAUAACCCCACAAUCACUUCAUUAACCGCGAGUGGGAUACCGAGAAAACAACUGCAACAGUAUACCCAGCAGUGAGUGAUAAAUGUGCCAUAUGGACACAGAGGGGGAAAAAGUGCAUCAGUUAAAAGAUAAAUUCAGAAAAAAAUUAAGGAACAUCCUAAAAGUGCAGCUGUUCAUAUGACAGUUCUAUUCUUCUAAAGGGGCUAAAAACAAGUCUAGUUCGAAGCAUUCAGUCAGUGUACUAAUAGGGACAGUUUUGUGAAGGAGACAUGUAGUGCCAACAUACUCCACAGCACUGUAUGUACUGUACGUUUUAAGAAUGCGGGUGAAAACACAUUCGAACAUUGGGAGACCGUAAAAACCCAAACCCAAAUGUUGUCUUUGGUUGAUCAACACUAUUAUUGGGUUGGAGACUCCUUGCUCUGCCCUCCAGUUCUGUGAUCUCAGGCCUUUGGUUAGGCUGUUGCCUUUUUAAGGUGGCCUAAUCGAGGUAUUGCAAAGGUAUAAUAGGCCCUAGACUGGGAUCCAUUUACCUUCAGACUAAAAAUAAUUUUUAUUUUUUUUUUAGGCUAAUAAACGUCUGAAAAUGUCAGACUUCUUUCUGCCAACUUUCUGCUUUUGAGUAGGAUCUAUAGCUGACAGAUUCUAUUUAACCCCUUAAGGACCUGGGCUUUUUUUUUUUUUUUUCAUUUAAAAUUUUUCCUCCUUAAUUUUAAAAAAUCAUAACUCUUUAAAAUUUUCACCUAAAAUUCUAUAUGGUGGCUUAUUUUUUGCGUCACUAAUUCUACUUUAUAAUGAAAUUAGUCAUUUUACCCAAAAAUCUACCGUGAAACGGGGGAAAAAAUCAAUGUGCGACAAAAUUGAUGAAAAAACACUAUUUUGUAAGUUUUAGGGGCUUCCGUUUUUACAAAGUACAUUUUUCGGCAAAAAUGACACCAUAUCAUUAUUCUGUAGGUCCAUACAGUUAAAAUAAUACCCUACUUAUAUAGAUUUGAUUUUGUAUCACUUCAGAAAAAAAUCAUGAAUACAUGCAGGAAAAUUUAUAUGCUUAAAAUGGUCAUCUUCUGACCCCUAUAACUUUCUUAUUUUUCUGUGUUCAGGGCGCUAUGAGGGCUCAUUUUUUGCGCCGUGAUCUGAAGUUUUUAGUGCUAUUUUUGUUCUGAUCAGACUUUUUGAUCACUUUUUAUUCAAAAAUGCACUAUUUGGACUUUGGAAUUUUUUUGCGCGUACGACAUCGAACGUGCGGUUUAAAAAGCGGUAUAUCUUUAUAAUUUGGACAUUUCCGCACGUGGCGAUACCACAUAUGUUUAUUUUUAUUUACACUGUGUUUUUUUUUAUUCUUGGAAAUGCCGGGUGAUUCAAACUUUUAUUAGGGGAAGUGAUCAUUGAAAGGUUAAUGAUUUUUUUACACUUUUAAUGCAAUAUUAUAGCUCCUAUAGGGGGCUAUAACAUUGCAUUAACUGAUCUUUACCACUGAUUGAUGCAUCUCCAUAGGAAUUGAUCAAUCAGUGUUUUCGGCGAUUGAAUGCUCAAGCCUGGAUCUCAGGCUUGAAGCAUUCAUUCGGCGAUCGGACUGCAGGAAGGAAGGUAAGAGACCUUCCUCCUGUAGUACAGCUGUUCGGGAUGCUGCGAUUAUACCGCGGCGAUCCCGAACAGCUCCCUGGGCUAGCCGGGCACCGUGAUCAGUGCCGCGCGCUAUUAGCGGCGGGUCCCGGCUUCACUAUGACGCCGGGCCCGACGCGAUAUGAUGCGGGGUCACUGUGUGACACCACGUUAUAUCGCAGGACCGGGACCCAGGACGUACCUGUGCGUCCUGGGUCCUUAAGAGGUUAACCCCUUAAGGACCGAGCCCUUUUUCACCUUAAGGACCGGAGCGUUUUUUGCAAUUCUGACCACUGUCACUUUAAACCUUAAUAACUCUGGAAUGCUUUUAGUUAUCAUUCUGAUUCCGAGAUUAUUUCGUGACAUCUUCUACUUUAACUUAGUGGUAAAAUAUAAUGGUAACUUGCAUCCUUUCUUGGUGAA